AAACUGGCCGCGGAGCUGGUUAGUAGGUGAGCGGGAGGCGUGCUGCAACGUGCUGUCGGCUGCCACACGCGAGAGUGUUUUGUUUUGCUUGCGAUGUCCGCGGACAGAAACGUGGGUACCAGUUCAGGCGCGAGGUGCGAUCAGUCCGGCAUGUGUUUAUUGUAGUAGCAAGAGGACCGCUUCGACCGGAGAUACAAGGACUGCGCCGAGGAAGGCGCAUGUCAAGAUGCGACUGGGCACGAUCACAGCUCUGCUGACCAUGUUGUGGGUGCGGCACGGACCAGACGAGGCCAGCGCGGUGCAACCUGGGUUCCUGGACUUCGACAACCUGCCCGACACGAACUUCUCCUGCGAGAACAAGGUGAUCGGCGGCUACUACGCCGACGUGGAGACGGGCUGCCAGAUGUUCCACGUCUGCACCAUAGGUCAGAAAGGAGAGAUCACGGACAUCAAGUUCCUGUGCCUGAACGGCACCGUGUUCGACCAGGAGACGCGCGUGUGCGAGCGCGUCGACGAGGUGGACUGCAACAAGACGCUGAGCUUCUACGACCUCAACCUGGAGCUGUACGGCAACUCGCCGCCGCUCAGUAUCUCGGAGGAAGAAAGCACAGAAGCAAACUACCAUGACGACCUGAGCCGGGAAGCCACAUCUUCGCCUCUGACCACCACCCCUCCUUCUACCACGACCACAAUUAUUGCCACCACCACAACAACCACUACGAGCAGACCUUUCUUCUUUACCACACCAUCGAGGGAACAGUUCCUACCGACCAUUCACUCCCACGAUGAAGACCACCCCUAUGGUAUCCACAGCUUGCACUCGUACCAGCCUCCUCGGGUGAAUGUUGACAAGCCGGGACAGAGCGGGUUCCUGCCAGCGUCAACCCCGGGUCACCAGGACGAUCCCCAGAUCCGCCACCAGCAAUUUCUGAACAACAGGUUCACAUCCACUACCCACUCUCCAGCCCACCUGUUCAAUAUCCACAAUCAUGGCCCUUCUGGGUUCUCCAUCACUUCGACAAGCCAGCCACAGUCUUUCAAUGCCAACCCCUUCCCUGGUCGAGACUCCUCGCAGGAAUUUCACAGACCUUUUCCUUCAAUAUCUCCCGGAUUUAUCAAUCACCAGCUGUCACAGCCUUCCCCGUCUUCGUCCACAACAACGAAACGCCCUCCAUUUUCCAUCAGCCAAAGUCUGAAUAGGCAGAGUCCAAUAGUGCAUGCGGCACAUAAUUUGAGGACCAAGAUCUCGAACAGCGGCGAUGGCUUCAAGGGUCAUCAUGGCAUCAACUUCCACUCUCAAAAUCCCUUGAACAUAAAUUUUAACAGUCACCAGCAAGGACACCAGCUCCUCGCCACUCCAUCGGUUGCAGUCGUCGCCACCACCAUCAGCACCUCCAAGAGCAUGAACAGCAAAGGGUUCUUCUUCAAGCCCCAGGCAGGUGGCACUGCCACGAACUACUCCGACCACUUCAGGCUAAGCCCGCUAGUGUCAGUGAACCUGACGGUGUCGUCGCCGCAGCUGACCGAGACGAGCAGUCUACCGAGUUCCUACGACGAGUAUCAAGAGCACGAUGUCCAUACAGAUCCCUUCUUCAGAGAUGUGCCCCGAGUCAGCAGCGCCAGGUCGAAUACAGCAGCUCAGCAGGGCUAUGAAAGACAGAAGAGAGGCACCGAUACCAUCAAGAAAACUGAUAAAACACUUAUGAAAACUAAGAAACUUGGAUAUCACCUAAAAAGAGUAAACCCUAAUAGCGACGAAGAUAACUCAUAUGGAAAAGAUUCCAGGCAUCAAGAGCAUGUUCAUAAGAAGAAUAAGGAAGCUGCUUGGGUGCCCGAGGAUUUGGAAAAUAUGGCGAGACGUAUCAGUGAAGUGACAAGAAGUCGUGUUUUCAACUAUCAUGUUGCGAGUGUUUCUUCUAAUGGCAACGAAUACAGACGGCCAAGUGUCGCGAAUUCAGGGAAACAUGUACGUCCUAAGUGUAGCAAAAGUGUGGGCAGGGAGAAGUGUGCGUCACCCACGAGACGAGACAGUUCACACAGAAGGUCGGCCAGGCAAGUGAAUUCGGGGUACUACAGUGGUGACACUCUGCCAACGACCAGUUUCACAUGCAAGGAUAAAGUACCAGGAGGGUAUUACGCCGAUGUGGAAACGGACUGUCAGCUGUUCCACAUCUGCUCUCAAGGGCGGCAUGGCAGGUUGACGGACAACAAGUUCUGGUGCGGACCGGGCACUCGCUUCAACCAGCUGAGCCGCACCUGCCAGGCGGCCGAGCUGGUGGACUGCGGCCUGGCGGCGUCGCUCUUCCACCUCAACGACCACUUCCUGCCCGAGCAGCUGGAUCCUGCUACACGAGACGUUAUCAUGUUCGAGCCACACAAGGAGAUACACAAAUGAAGGCGGCCGACGGCCCGAGACCGGAAGUCGCCCCGGAGGGAGGCGCGGGUCGACAACGCGCCUCUUCCGGCGACUCCGCACGGCCGCCAUCUUGGACAUCGCGCCCUCGGCGGUGUCGGCGGACGAGCGAGGGCCCCAGGGCUGGCCACAGAGUGCGCGGAAGUGAUGAAGAGUGCGCCUCGUCGCAAUGCCGACUCCACACUACGAGCAUUUUACCGGUCGUUUACUAACGCCUAACAUGAUUCGAAAAAAGAUUAGCGUACGACAGGAUGCUACAAAUGGAUUUAAAAAAAACACAAGAUCGUCUCUCUUUUUAUUCAGUCUAUGCACUAUUAAAAUAUUUCAUCUUCAGUGUAUGAAGAACGCUGGUUACAAAUUAUCCAGUGAUCUUCGCAAACUCAUCGGUAUCUUCGUAAAUUUAGGGAUUCUAUGUUCACUUACUUUUAAUACGAACCCACAAGAAUAAACUCUGUAUUCAAGCAAAACUUUCAAAAACUUGUUUAAACUUACUGCAAAAACACCAUUAUUUCUUCCAAGAGUGUGUUUAACCUGUUUAUGCCAACAAACAGAACUCGUAGUCAAAAUACGGCGUAGUUUUUACGAAGUUACAGCUAUCUGAAAUUACUAACAACUCUUCGUUUAUGUAAUGUGAAUUCUUCGAUGAAAUUUGUGUAAAUUUACUGUAAUGUUUUAACAGUGUACGUCUAACGGGAUAAAAAAACGAACAAAAACCAUUUGUGCCGUCCUAUCGUACGUUUUUUUUUUUGUGGGCUCGUGUUAGGCAUUAUACAAUGUCCAUUUAUACCCGUAAUAGUCCAUCAUUCCGAUUGCCAUGAAACUUUAAAUAUGAUAUCUGCAGUUAAUUUCCGACGAAAUAUUUUUUACGCCUAGAAGUUCUCACUGUGAAUUCACUAACAAAAAUAUUUUAACGUGUUAAAUGCUUUGCGUUGAUUAAAAAAAUAUAUAUCUAUGUAGGCUACCACGGACAGUGAUGUUUAUUUCACCAGCCAACGAGAGCAAUCAUUAUCAGAAGAUGAAUAAUAUUGCACGGGAACAACGUAGUUAAUUACACGAAGUUUCAGUGACUCCGCAUAAGCGUACACGUGAAUUGUAGCAAAACUGUUUUAAUUAAUCUAGUUAUAUCGUUGAAUCGUUUUAUAUAUCGUGACACUGUUAUAAAAUUUCAGCUAGUGUGAGAAGUAGUUCAAAGUGUACACGCGCUGUAACUAAAAACCAUUUUUAGGCGCGAGGAACGUUAUUCGUUGUUCGUUCUCUAUGAGACACUUCUGUCUCGAUAUGAUACAUAUCAAGAAGACGUGUACUUAUCCAACUAACAGAAGACAACUAUUAUGUAUUUUGUUUGUUUUGGUACAAGUUCAUUCUGUUUAUCCUUUAUUCUGAUGAAGUUACUCUGGUGCUUAGUUUGAAUUUGCAAUCUUAAAGUGAAUUUUUCUGUAAACUUUGCCAUGUUAUUUGUACCGUUAAAACAGUGAUAUUUUAGUGCACUGAUCAGUUAUGAACGUCUUAAUUAAUAUACUUGAACAAUUUAUAAAUUGGUGCUUCAGUUAAUUUUGUAUAGAUUAUAUCGCCUGCCUCGUGUACAUUUUUAAGUGAAAUGUAUAGGUACAUAAAUACAAAAAAAAGCUUUCUUUUUCAAUAGUUUUAAUUGGAACGUGAACAUAAUGUAAUCUUAAAUUCCAUGAUUCAAAGUACUUGUGCCUGUUUUGUAAAAAGUGACCUCGCUAAUAUGUCAUCCAGAUUAUAUGAAUACCUUACUGUCUGAUUUGUAAGUAUGUGUGUGAGUUAGUUGAUGACUGUAAAUAAUGACUGUAUUAUAUUAUUAAAUUUGCAAAUGAUA